AUUUAAGGUAUUUCAAUAAAAAAGAUGAGGGGCUAAAUUGGAAUUUCAGAAUGUCCGCCAUAGAGAAACCCUAGUUAUCCUCUCUAUAUAUAGCCCAAAACCCUAAUUCCUCCCUCAGUCUUCCUUCAGCAGCAGGCCAAAAUGUCGAAGCGAGGACGUGGAGGAUCAGCGGGAAACAAGUUCAGGAUGUCACUGGGUCUUCCAGUGGCAGCCACUGUAAAUUGUGCUGAUAAUACAGGGGCUAAGAACCUGUACAUCAUAUCAGUUAAGGGAAUCAAGGGUCGCCUUAAUCGGUUGCCAUCAGCUUGUGUUGGUGAUAUGGUUAUGGCCACAGUGAAGAAGGGAAAGCCUGACCUCAGGAAGAAGGUCUUGCCAGCAGUUAUUGUUAGGCAGCGCAAGCCAUGGCGCCGAAAGGAUGGUGUUUUUAUGUAUUUCGAAGGUGUUAUGCUUUUCAUGCUCACACCUGCUCCAUUUGGGCCCUAUAUGGCACCUGGUAUACCGUUUUGAGAUUAUUCAUGUGCGGAAAAUUUCAUUGUUGUCAUUUACUUUACAUGUAACUAGAAAGCAGCAGCUUUCAUCUUUUCUCAAGAAAAGCUUAAAUGGCUGUAAUAAUGAUAAUUAUAUUAAUUUUUAAGAAAUAGUUUUGUCAAUAGCCUGUUGUAGUAAUUAUUUAUGAACAGUUUCUUGUGAGUUGAACAUGUUUAUGGAAAUUGUUUAUGUAUCUGUUGGAGUUUAUAAAGUCAAUAUUUGCACUGGAGUAGGGUUGUGCUUGCA